AUGGAACCUGACGAACCAUAUCACUUAGCUUGGGAGAGGUUUCAAACUUUACUCUCGCGUUGUUCCCAACAUGGGCUUUCGGAUUGGGCUUUAGUAGAAAAUUUUUACAAUGGUCUCACCCCUGAGUGUAAGGCCCGAUUCGACACAUUUGCAGGAGGCCAUCUUAUGGGAAAGAAAACUGUGGCCGAAUGCAAUGAUCUCUUUGAGAGCUUCGCUCAUGCUGAUAUAGAUCAUAGUGCUACCAGCAGGAAUUCCACUCCUAUGACUACUUCCUCAUCUUCUCGAGGAGUAAACCAAGUCGUUUCUGACUCAAAGUUAGGAGAGGUUUCUAACAUUUCCCUUAGUGGAGGGUGUUCCGCCGUAGUCUUGAACAAGGUCCCGGAGAAAUUGACGGAUCCGGGCCUUUUUACCAUUCCAUGCUUGUUCGGGAGUGAUACCGAGUGUAGGGCCCUAGCCGAUUUAGGAGCGGGUAUAAACCUCAUGCCAUAUUCCAUGUAUGAGAGGUUAGGUCUAGGAGAGUUAUCCCCUACACGUAUGUCUUUGUCUCUAGCCGAUAGAUCAGUGAAGUAUCCACGUGGUAUAAUCGAAAACCUUCUAGUUAAAGUGGAUAAAUUCGUCUUUCCCAUAAACUUUGUCGUUCUUGAUAUGGAAGCCGAUGAGAAGGUUCCUAUCAUUCUAGGACGCCCAUUCUUGUGUACCGUCAAGGCUAUCAUCGAUGUCUUUGACGGUAAAAUCACACUCCAAGUCGUGGAGGGAAAGUUAGAUGAGGUAGUUGCGAAGGUAGAGGAGGUUGUGAGUGAGAGUGAGGAAGUAGAAGAGACCGAGUGGGUCCCCGAAGUGCUAGAGUUGAGUGAGGUAAAAAGUGAGUUUGAGAGUACACCCUUAGAGAAACCCGCCCCACUAGAACUUAAGAUUCUCCCAUCCCACUUAGAGUAUGCUUUCUUAGGUGAGGGGUCCGAUUUUCCCGUCAUUAUUUCGUCUAAGUUAGAGGAGGGAGAGAAGGGUAGGUUGUUAGAAGUGUUGAGAGAGAAUAAGGAAGCCAUUGCAUGGCGAAUUUCGGAUAUCAAGGGCAUAAGCCCCGCCUAUUGUACCCACCGGAUACUCAUGGAAGAUGACUAUAAGCCGAUGGUGCAACCUCAAUGGCGCCUAAAUCCGAACAUGCAAGAGGUCGUUAAGAAGGAAGUGCUUAGUUGUUAG